AAGGGCGGAACCGCCGCCGUCAUUCCAGCCACGGAGGGCAGUGGCGGCGCUGCGCAUGCGCGGCUGGGAGAACUCCUGCGGGCGGUGUUUAGUGCGCAUGUGCGGGGAUACUGCGCUCAGUGCGCAUGUGCGGGGCGGUGGCGGCGAGGUUUGAACGCAGGGACGGUUGGAGGCAGCGGGAGGUGCCCUGGAGGUUCAGUGUCCGUGGGAAGGGGUGACCGAUGCCUAAGGCAGGAGUGUUAAUUGUCCUGGAACUGGAACCAGUUCUCUGACAUUCCUCAGCUGAUCUCUUUUCUUGCCUAAUGAAGGAUUGGCUUUCACAUGACAAAUGAGUAAAAUUCUCCAGUCUCAGCUGGGAGUCUGAAAAGAUGCCACAAAGGCAGAGUUCCAGGACCCCGAAGCAGCACAUUCACAGUAAAAGCCAAACUGAUCUCUCUGCGUGGCGAAAAGGAGGGGGAAUUGAAAAAAGUUUGCAGAAUCAAUCUGCUAAUGAUCAGAAAUAUGAUAGCCAGGAAGGGUCUCUAGAGCAAGCUUUGAGCUACUUGGAGAAAGUUCAAGGCCGUGUUGCACUGAAGAACAGUGUUCUGCAGAAACACUUGAAUGCUGUGGAAAGCACUGCCCUGACACAAGGGCUGCCCCCUGAAGGGUUUGAGAUACUGCUGAACGUGGCGCUCAGUGGCAAAUUUGCUGAUACAGUGAAUACUUGUUUAUUGAAGUGCCUGAUUCCUGCCUCAGUGAUCCCAGAAAAUUCUGUGGUUAAAGCUGUGUCUUGGCUCUGUGUCGGCAAAUGCUCAGCCAACAUCCAGCUGAUUUUUUUAAAGUGGCUGAUCACAGUGUUUGACUUCAUUGAUCACAAGGAACAACUUCGUGCCCUCUAUGGCUUCUUCUUCUUCUUCCUGCAAGAUGACAGGAUGUGCCCCUACGUCUGCCACAUGCUCUACCUGCUGACCAGGAAAGAAAAUGUCAAGGUUUUUCGGAUUAGGGCACUGCUUGACCUCCAAGCAAAAAUGGGAAUGCAGUCUCAUCUGCAAGCUCUGCUAUCACUUUACAAACUUUACUGCCCAGAACAAGUGACCAUAACCCUUCCUGGGAAAAUGAAGACUUACUUCAAGAAUCCAGAGGGCCCGUGGAAAGCAGCGAUCACUGCAGUAAGGCAAAGAAACCAGGGAACCUCUCCCCUGUCCCAGAGAAUGUUUUUAGGCACAUCUCAACCUCAGUCACGAAAAAGGAAAUGGAAUGCCCAUCUGGUUAUACCUGCAAGCAGUACAAACACAAAUAAUUUAGAAGAGGACAGACAAAACAACAGUGUUUGUUUGUACAGUACAAAUGAAUCUUUUCCACUGGAGCAGCUGCAGACCUUCCCUCAGCUCCUACAAAAUAUCCAUCUUCUAGAGUUUCCUUCCCAGAUGGGUUCAGUGCUAACAAACCCUUUAUUGCUUCACUAUAUGAAUUGUGUGAAAGAUGAAUCUAUUUACCUGAGGCUCUACUAUUGGAUGGGCCAGAUGCUCCAGGAAGAAUGCACCUGGUGUGUGGCUGAUAACUCAUCUGAAGAAGAAUUCAAGAGCUUCCUGGAAACUAUCUACAAGUCAGAAUGUUUCUUGCAGGAGGGGUUUUCUGUCUGUGAAGAGUUCCUGUAUAAGACCCUUCCUCUCUGGGAUGGCCUCUGCUGCCGCUCAGAAGUCCUUAGUCUCCUGAGUUGGAUUUCCAUCAGCAGUUUCUCUGACAUUAAGCCAUAUAUCUAUGAUCCCCUGGCACAGCUCUUUUUCACCUCAUCUAUUUACUUUAAGUGCAGUGUUAUUGAGAGCCUGAAAGAGCUGUUGCAGAACUGGUUAAAUUGCAAUGAGUUUCAAAUGGAUUUGGAGUUGUCUUCUUUGAACACCACCCUGUCUGGACAAGUGAACACGGUGGCUGAGCUGGUUCACUUUGUGGGAAGGAUCUCUGCUGUUGCACUGCGUUUGGAAAACAAUUCCAGCUUCUUGCUGUACUUCAUUCUGGAUUUCUAUGGGACGGUGUGUGACAUGUACCUGAAGUACAACCUGCCUUUGCUGAUAAUGCCUCCUGCUGGGGUUUUCUACCCAGCACUGCUCAGCAUGGAUUCUGUCAACUUGAACCAGCUCUGCUACAUUAUGUACAGGUAUCGAGCCAACUUGAUAGCUGCAAAAGAAAAUGAGCUGAGUAAAAAGAAAAUCCUGCAAUUCAAGUUCAGUAACCGGACGUACAAAGAGUACAACCAGUACAUAAUAUCUAUGGUGGGCUGUCUGUGGACAUCCAGUGCAUUCCAAAAGGAUAUUCAUCCUCAAGGUCUUUGUUUGGAUGAUAAACUGCUGAGUAAAACUACAGUGAAGGAAUUAAAAAACAGCUUUAACAUUGUCUAUCAUCCAGCCUUGAUGGGCUACUCUAUUGAAUUCCUGCAGCAGAUUUGUCCUGGUGAUACCACCUUCAACUUCAAAUUAAUUAAGGGGAGGAAGUGGGACUGGUAUCUGGAAUAUCUCUACACGCAAGGUUUGAACGGGCUGAAGGUCUUUAUUGAGAGCAGCAUCAGUCGUGUUUCCCAGGCCACUUACAGCAAAGCAGAGAAUAUGGAAGCAUGACCCUGGGACUCAUUGGAAUUCUUCUGUCAUCUGGAGCAGACUAGCAGACUCUAAAACACUGUGUCAAUAAUUCUUCCUUCCUCAGAGGAGAGAAACAGAGCAAUUACUCUUACCUGCACUUUUGUACUGACAUCUGUCUUAGGAAGGUGAAGACACAGAUGUUGAGGCUGGCUUGAUUCCUUAACACUGAACCCCCUGUUGGCCCUGCUAAGCUUCUCUGGUCUGAAGCUGGUGAUCUCUGCUGUGUAACAUCCACCUUUUUCACCCUCGUGUUUCUCUGUUGGAGUAUGUGUUUUGAUUGAGACACAAACAUUUUCCAUCUCAAAACUGCAGUGAGCAGUGGUGUUUCAUUUAUAAGUGAUGUUGACCCUUGACCUGCUUUGCCUUCCUCAGCAGCAGGUAACAAGAAACAACUUAAUCAACUUUUCAGAGGUGCUGUGUGCAUCUUGGAUUGGAGCAAGGAUUUCCCAAUCCCCUGUUGUAUCCUGUAUGAAUUUUAACAGACUGACCUAAGCUGACCUUCCUGAAAUUUCAUUUUGAGUUUUACAGAACAAUUUAUAACUUUGGUUAUAAUGAUGUUUUCGUGCAGCUGGAAAGCUUGGUGUUCAGUUGAUGAUUUAUUGAUUUGAGCACUUAUACAAUGUUGCCAGCAGCUCAGCAUUUUCUGUAUUGAUAAGUGCAGAUCUAGCUUUCCUUUUUGAGUUUUUAGCUCUGUAGGUGUUGUAUAUUAUUUGCGUACAUAUGUAUAAUUUAUAUUCUGUAAAAUAUUUCUGUGUCUUUUUAAAAAAACUCAUUUACAAAAUUUA